CUCCCCCUGCAGCUCUGUCGUCCAUUGAAAGGAAAUCGCUGGGCCAUCCCCCCGACGCGCGCCUGUGCCGUGGAGCUCCCCCUCGCUGCGCGCAUCGUGAUCUGGUGGAUGCAGAGACUUGCAGAGAACGCAGGGUCACCUUCUGUCGCUGCAAGGGGAAAUACUGAAUGAUUUGCAGCGCACUUCUCUCGGGCAGUAAGUGAAGCUCGGCGGCUGCAGCAUCAUCUCUGGUGAUCUCCUGCAGGGGACCAACAGCUCUCUCUCAGGUUUAUGGAAACCUGACCUCCCAUUGGUGGAGAAGUGCAUGAGGAACCCAGCUCUGCUGCAGAGGACAGGUUUAGUCAUUAGAGUGCUUUUUCACAUCCAACAAAAUGUCUGGCUCCUACGAUGAAUGUGCAGGUGUUGACGACACCAUGGACAGCUUCUGGGAGGUGGGGAACUACAAACGUGCUGUCAAGAGAUUUGAUGACGGCCAUCGGCUCUGCAAUGACCUCAUGGGCUGCCUGCAGGAACGUGCCAAGAUAGAAAAAGCCUAUGGUGAUCAGCUAACGGCCUGGUCCAAGAGAUGGAGACAGCUCAUUGAGAAAGGCCCACAGUACGGCUCGGUGGAGAGAGCCUGGCUGGGUGUGAUGACCGAGGCAGACAAGGUGAGUGAGCUGCACCAAGACGUGAAGAACAACCUGGUGAACGACGACGUGGAGAAAGUGAAGAAUUGGCAGAAGGAGGCGUAUCACAAGCAAAUAAUCGGAGGAUUCAAAGAGGCCAAGGAGGCGGAGGAGGGAUUCAAGAAGGCUCAGAAACCGUGGGCCAAAAAGCUCAAGGAGAUGGAGACGGCUAAGAAAGGAUACCACAUGGCCUGCAAGGAGGAGAAGCUGGCUGCUACCCGAGAGGCCAACGGCAAGACGGAGGCGUCUGUCACACCGGACCAGCAGAAGAAGCUCCACGAGAAAGUAGACAAAUGCAAACAGGAUAUGCAGAAGGCUAAAGAAAAGUAUGAGAAGUCUCUGGAGGAGCUGAACAAGUGCACCCCUCAGUACAUGGAGUGCAUGGAGCAGGUGUUUGACCAGUGCCAGCAGCAUGAAGUCAAGAGGCUGACCUUCCUGAAGGAGGCGCUGCUGGACAUCAAACGCCACCUUAACCUCACCGAGAACCAAAGCUAUGGCACAAUAUACAGAGAACUGGAGCGCACCAUCCUGGGUGCAAACACACAAGAGGACCUGAAGUGGUUCAGCAACAACCACGGCCCUGGGAUGCAUAUGAACUGGCCUGUGUUUGAGGAAUACAACCCAGACCAGGCCAGUGCUCCUCCUAAGAAGAAGAAACCAGACGGAGCCCCACCCACUCCGAGCACUGACCAUGUGGCUCCACCUGGUGAUCGUAGCAGUGUGAGCAGCUAUGAAAAGAAUCAAGCUUACUCGACUGAAUGGUCUGACGACGAGCAGCCCGCUGGCUACUCCGGCAAUGAAAAUGGUGGGAACGGGAAUUCGUUCGAAGAUGACUCCAGCACUGGCAAAGGCGUCCGUGUACGCGCUCUCUAUGAUUAUGACGGCCAGGAACAGGACGAGCUCACCUUCAAAGCCGGUGACGAACUGACCAAGACCGAGGACGAGGACGAGCAGGGCUGGUGUAGAGGUCGUUUGGACAACGGCCGAGAGGGACUGUACCCGGCCAAUUACGUCGAGCCAAUUUAGUCCCGUGAUUGGACAAGGACAAGCCAUUGGAGGCAGCUUGAACUGUCCCGUCCGAUUGCACCGCACAUAGCCAGAGACUUAAGAGCAACACAUCCCUUGCCCAACAGAUGCGCCAAGCAGUCUUGCCUAAAUAAAAACUUAGUAACGUAAAAGACAAUAUAUCAGUAUUAUAUAUUUUAUCCAGCGUUCGAGGUGGGUGGACUUACACAUUUAAAAACAGGAGCAGCAGUUAUUCCAGUAUAUACACACUCAGAUAUAACAUCCACACAGUGCAGGAACACAUUGCUUCUCUGUAUAGCUGUAUGUAACAUAUGAUGCAGCUUAUUUAAACUUGCAGUACACUGCAGUCUGUUCUCUCGUGAAAAAUGGGAAGAUAUAAUCAGUUAAACCCAUUUGACAAAGACGAGCUUCUCUCACCUGCAUUGUGUAUAUACAGUGUGAUGCCAUUUUUGUGUAGCAUUUUUAAUGCUGUGUGGUCAGUCGUCAUUCUUACAUCAGGAAUGCUGUGUAGUGUUAAAAGUACCACAGACAGUAUCCCGUUUUUCUUUUUUUUUCUUUUCUGUUUUUCUUUGUGAUUUGGUCCAACCUCUUUUCCGGUGUGUGCAGUGCUAUGUGUUUUUAACUGUUUCUAAGCUUGCAUAGCAGCAUGUGCUAUGCAACCACUUGCAUUCCCUGAAUCCUGCAGCCUUGUGUGGGCUACAACCUGAUGCAACACUUCAACUACAAAUGCAGAGAGUCACUUUUUUAGCAUCACAUGCUUCUGGACAUGCACAUGCUUCCGUUUUCAUGUGAGGAAGCGUGUUGAUGAACUGAUUCUAUGUUUUGUUUUUGACAUUGAUUUGUUUUUUCUUAGCAUCACAAAUCAUUCAACAAUAUCAUCUUCAUGCAAUCCAUGGAAAUGAUGCACAGUUUCUGCAGCAGCUCUCAUUUUUGGUUCAUUCAGGAGUCACUUUAAUCAUCUUUACUGCUAACAGGAGAGAGGAGUGAUACUUUCCCUCUGAGCGAAGCCGGAUCACAUCUUCUUUAAGGGUGCCACCGUUGUAUGAGAGGAGGGUUAUGACCAAUGCCUGUGCCAGGCACUUUUCUUCUUCGAGAGAGAGGGGCCAAUGGAGGCAUGUCAAUGUGUUACUGUGCUACAGACUGCUGUCUGAAGAUUGAAGCCUCUUCAACAGGACAUGAAUGUACUAGUGUUUGGGCUUGAAAGAGGUCAUGUUGUCUAAACAUGGCUCUCCACUGUCAGUUAAAGCCCCAACUAGCAAAAAGCACUAGUUAUGUGGCCUGUUUCCCUGCUGAGCCAAAGAAUGACCCAGUACCAUCAACUAUCUGUUUUCUCUCCAUGCAAUAACUUCACAUAUCACGUAGAAAAACCGCUUCAGUGAGGAUCAACUUGUAGCUGCCUCCCAGUCCACCCAAACCUCAUUUGUCUGCAAAACACAACGCAACGACACAGUGAAAACGCUCAUCACCCGUUCUGCAGUGCACGUAAGACGAUGCUUACACAGCACAUUACAUUCUUAAAAUCUUUGCUCCAGAGAAAUAAGAUUUAUCACAGGAAUUGGCAUUCAUCAGAUGCUGAUUAGUUCAUCGUCUUGCUACAAGUUGCACCUAAAUCUCUGAUUAGACAAGAGAGACACUUUUUUAACUUAGUUGUCCUGGAGUUUUAAAAUUUCAGCAGACCAACAGCAGUCAGCAGAUGUGUUUAGGAUUUGACAGGUUUGGGUCACACACAUGAGGAGAAACACAUCACCAGCUCACAAGUUGUGUCUUAGAGUAACAGCUGUCCAGUAUAGCAAAAAGGACUUCUUACAUCAAACUGUCCCACAUCCUUGAUAUGCGCACACACACGCACACACACACACACACACAUUCACACAAAUACACCUUCAUUAAACACACAAUUUACACAAUACAUGCAAGUUCAAAGACAUAAUCCACCUGACCAGGUUAAUAUUUUGGGGGAAAACAUCUUCAUCAUCCAGUGUGUAUGAGUUGUGUAAAUGUAACAGAAAAAAUGUUUUAAAAAAAAAAAUGCAAGUGAUUGACUAUUAAGACAAAAUGUAGUGUUAUACAUGUAAAUGUGUUUCAUUUAAAUAACAGCAAUGGAAAACAUAUUAAGUAAUAGGAACCAUAUCGUAUGAAUUUCAUUGCAAUGGAAUUGUCAGUGUAUCAUAAAAGCGUGACGUUAUCCCACGCUGUCAGAUUUGUAUAUGAUGAUGUAAUUUAAAGAUUAUAUUCUAUUGUAACUGUACAACUGUGUUGAGUUGAAAAUGAGACCUAACCAUGUUGAGGCAGUAAAAAGGUGUACAUGUAAAUGCUUUUUUAUGUUGAUGAUCUCUUCCUUAUGCACACAGGGGACAGCAGCUCACGUUGUGGAAACCCUAUAUUAGCGGUCUAGAAGAUGUAUGUUCAUAGUUAGUGAUGUACUUUUAUCUCCUAACUGGUGUAGUGCCUGUUCAUCUUGAUGUAACAAGAAGUUCAUUUAAAUAUGCAUAAAAAUGAUUAUGAUCACAGAUAAUAUUGAUGAUAGUGAUGAAAAACCCAAAUCGAAUUUGUUGUGGUGGUGUCAAUAUUGCGAUAUUGGUUUGAAAGGGAAACAAGUUUGUUGAAAA